AUGCCUCCACGCCACCAAACGCUUCCCCCGGCGCAGACCGCUGCCGCCCGCGAAGCUCUCCAAUCCUUUUACUGCAGCCUCUGCUCGAAAGGCUAUUCCCGCAUGAACGAUUAUGAAGCACAUCUUAGUAGCUACGAUCAUAGCCACAAACAGCGCCUCAAGGACAUGAAGGCCAUGGUCCGCGAUCCGAACGCCGGCGCCCGAGCACGGAAAGCCGAGGCCAAGGCUGACGGGCUUGUCAGCAUCAAGCUUGCCCCUAACGAACAGCCACACCAGACCGCCACCAUGGGAGGAUUCAAGAAAGGCGGCUUCAAGAAAUCAGGCUUCAAGUCGGCGUUUGCUCCGGCAGACGCUCUCGCUGCAUCGGCACCGGACACGCCAAAAUCAAAAGUUGGUCAAGCACUAGAGGCGGACAGGCUUGCGAAUGCUCGCGAGCGGGAUACUGCGGCCGAAAGCGAUACGGACGAUGAGGGUUACCAAGUCUAUGACCCAAGGCAUCCGACUGAUUGA